CUUUGGGAAAGUUCUCUCUGCAGUCUGCGCUCGCCGCUUCGCCUGCAGUCAUGCCCGGCUCCCCCGCUCUCCUGCUGCCGCUGCUGCUGCCCGGCUUCUCCCUGCUCCUCCGCGGGCUGGAGGCUUCAGCAGCACACGAGACUGUACUGUAUGAGACUGACGUGGUGCUGCCUCUGGAGCUUAAGUCUGGGCAGGUGCUGCAGGAAGCAUCCAGCUGGAGCGUGGGCCGCAGGAGACGUUCAGACGCUCACCCAGACCACCUGUUUCUGUCUCUGCCCGCCUUCGGCCAGGAGCUUUACUUAGAGCUGCAGAGGGACGAGGCGUUCCUCUCCGAGGGUUUCGUGGUGGAGGAGAGGAGUGAAGCGGGGAGCGUCCAACACGAGCCAAACUUUAAAGGACUGUCCUGCUUCUACACCGGAGCUGUUCUCAACCACACUAACUCGUUUGCCUCGCUGGAUGCCUGUGGUGGUCUGACUGGACUGGUGCAAACUGGAGACGAGACUCUGUUCAUUGAGCCGGUGGAGUCGGCAGUGGACUCGUUUUCUGGUCGGGAACACAAGGUGGUCCGUCAAAAACGCUCCUCUGAGGAAACGUCCCAGUCUACAACCAACGGCCCGAAAUACUGCCAAAUUAUCCAAGGGAAGCGGAAGGAGCGAAGGUCUAAAAGCUCAGAGGAAGCUCGGGGGAGGAGAAAUGCCAUCCGGCUGAGCGGAGAAUACACAGUGGAGACGGUGGUGGUGGCUGACUCAGACAUGGUGCAGUACCACGGAGCUGAAGCUGCCCAGAGAUUUCUACUCACUGUCAUGAAUAUGGUGUAUAACAUGUUUCAGCACCAGAGUCUGGGUGUGCAGCUGAACAUUCGGGUCACCAAAUUGGUCCUCCUGCACUCCCGCCCAGAGAAGCUGAAGGUCGGCCAUCAUGGAGAGAAAGCUCUGGAGAGCUUCUGCCACUGGCAACACGAGGAAUAUGGAGGCGGUCGGUACCUUGGCAGCAACCAUGUUCCUGGAGGUAGAGACGACCCGCCUCCUAUGGACGUAGCGGUGCUGGUCACAAGAACAGAUUUCUGCGUUCACAAAAACGAACCCUGCGACACUGUUGGCAUCGCCUACCUGGGGGGCACCUGCAGCUCCAAGAGGAAGUGUGUGCUGGCAGAGGACAAUGGACUCAACCUGGCCUUCACCAUCGCCCACGAGCUUGGACAUAACAUGGGCAUGAGCCAUGACGACGACCACGCCACCUGCACUGGCCACUCCCACAUUAUGUCAGGGGAGUGGGUGAAAGGUCGUAACCCCAGCGACCUCUCCUGGUCCACCUGCAGCCGUGACGACCUGGAAAACUUCCUGAGGUCGAAGGCCAGUGGUUGCCUGCUGCACACGGACCCUCGGAGCCGCUACCGGGUGCGUUUGCCUGCCAAGCUGCCUGGAAUGCACUACAGCGCUGAUGAACAGUGUCAAAUUUUGUUUGGCACCAACGCCACCUUCUGCACUGACAUGGAGCACCUGAUGUGUGCGGGUUUGUGGUGUCUGGUGGAAGGAGACGCUUCCUGCAAGACCAAACUGGACCCGCCUCUGGACGGCACAGAAUGCGGUGCAGACAAGUGGUGCAGAGCUGGUGACUGUGUCAGUAAGACGCCGAUUCCCCAGCAUGUGGACGGAGACUGGAGUCUGUGGAGUCAGUGGAGCAUGUGCAGCCGAACCUGCGGCACUGGAGCUCGAUUCAGACAGAGGAAGUGCGACAACCCACCGCCUGGACCUGGAGGGAGGAACUGUGUAGGGGGCAGUGUGGAGCACAAGGCGUGUGAGGGACCACCAUGCUCUAAAGGAGUGCCCACCUUCAGAGACCAGCAGUGCCAGUCUCACGAGCGCCACUCUGGGAAGAAGAAGACCCAGAUGUGGACAGCGGUGAUCAGCGAUGAGAAGCCGUGUGCUCUGUUCUGUUCUCCGGUUGGCAGGGACGCCCCGGUGCUGUUGGCGGAGCGCGUACUGGACGGGACACCCUGCGGACCUUACGAGAGUGACCUGUGUGUGAACGGAAAGUGUCAGAAAAUUGGCUGUGAUGGCAUUAUCGGCUCCUCGGCUAAGGAGGACCGCUGUGGAGUGUGUAACGGCGAUGGAAAGUCCUGCAAGAUCAUCAAAGGAGACUUCAACCAUACCAGGGGAAUGGUCACCCCUAGCCAUUGUAGGAAGGUCUCUACGUGUGUGAUGUCAAAAUCCAGAGCACUUCCCAAGUGUUUCUCAUGUUACAUCGAGGCAGCCGUCAUUCCGGUGGGAGCUCGGAGAAUCAAAGUAGUAGAGGACAAGCCAUCCCACAGCUUCCUUGCUUUAAAGGACUCAAGCAAGAGAUCCAUAAACAACGACUGGAAGAUCGAGCUGCCGGGGGAGUUCGAGCUCGCUGGCACCACCGUCCGCUACGUCCGGAGAGGACUGUGGGAAAAGAUGUCUGCUAAAGGGCCCACAAAGACUCCUCUCCACCUCAUGGUUCUCCUGUUCCACGACCAGUCAUACGGGAUCCACUACGAGUACACGGUGUCCCUGAAUCAGUCCCAGGAAAGCAGCAGCGAUGUUCCGAAAGAACCCGAGUACCUGUACCUGUGGACACAUAGCAGCUGGGAGAGCUGCAGCGUCCAGUGUGGAGGAGGAGAGAGAAGGACGGUGGUGUCCUGCACGAGGAUUGUUAAUAAAACGAUGACCCUGGUGAACGACAGCUACUGUCAGCAAGAGAACCGCCCAGCGCCUCAGAUCCGACGAUGCAACACACACACCUGCCAGUACAGGUGGGUGGCCGGAGAGUGGGGUCAGUGUUCGGUGACCUGUGGGGCGGGGCUACAGCAGCGGGAGGUGGGCUGUGUGUAUCAGCUACAGAACGGGACCUACAUCACCACACGAGACCUCUACUGCAUCACCUCCAAACCAGCCAGCCUGCAGCAGUGCGAGGGACGCCACUGUCUCACCGUCUGGGAGGCAUCGGAGUGGUCCAAGUGUUCUUCAGACUGUGGGCGGGGCAUCAGGAAACGGACAGUGACGUGCACCAAUCCUCAGGGCCUGUGCGACCCCGCCUCCCAGCCUACGCAGGAGGAGCCCUGUGAAGAUCACUCAAACUGCUAUGAGUGGAAGACUGGAGAGUGGUCAAAGUGCUCGUCCUCCUGUGGCCGUGGUCUGCAGUCCAGAGUGGUCCAGUGCAUGCACAAAGUGACAGGUCGCCAUGGAAGCGACUGCCCGAUAUUUCUAAAGUCCCCAGCGUACCGGCAGUGCCACCAGGGGGCGUGCAAUGAAAAAGUCAACGUCAACACCAUCACUUCUCCCAGGCUGGCGGCGCUGACGUAUAAGUGCACAGGGGACCAGUGGACGGUGUACUGCAGGGUGAUCCGGGAGAAGAACCUGUGCCAGGACAUGCGCUGGUAUCAACGCUGCUGCCAAACCUGCAGAGACUUUUACGCCAACACAAUGCCCCAUAAGAGUUAAUGAGCCUGGCACUCGUCGACAUGUAGCAGCUUAUUUUUUUGAUGUCCUUUUUUUAUGUACUGUUUUAAAUAACGUGGUUUGUAUUAUUGUUGAAGAGUAUUCUAUGUGAAAAUCGAAUCAGUUCGUAAAACGCAGUAACAAGAAAAAAAAAUCGCUAAAAUGCACACAUGUAGGUUUUUAAAGCUUUUAAGUUUGUGACUUGAACAAAAGGGCGCAAAUGGUUUUUAUAACUUUUUUUUGCUGUAAACCAAAGUUAACAAUAAUCCAAGGCAGUUGGAGAGACUU